AAAAGACCCAGAAAAAUGUAUACUGUCAUGGAAGCCAUCCUAUUUUUAAUGUUAAUUACAGGAAUACUUCAGGAUGUUGGCUCAGUGCCAGCUCUAUCUACCGUGGCGACACCUCCAACUCCAGGACUGUCUCUCAGACUUGCUGGCACAUACAACUAUUGUGAGGGACGUGUGGAAGUGUAUUAUGAAGGAGCCUGGGGAACUGUCUGUGGCAAGAACUGGGAUCUGAAAGAUGCUCAGGUUGUUUGCCAACAGUUAGGAUGUGGGAAUGCUGUAGAAGCCCUGCCCUGGCCUAAAUUUGGCUCAGGCUCAGGCAAAAUUGUCCUAAGUAAUGUACAAUGCAAAGGGGAUGAAUUUUUUCUAUGGGAUUGUAAGAACCCUGGAUGGGAAGUGCAUAACUGCAAUCAUCAACAGGAUGCUACCGUUCUCUGUACAGGUGAAAAGUAUAGACCAGCUGGAACUGAAGGAGAUGUGGUGUAUAUGCAGCUGGUGGAUGGCCCAAACCAAUGUGCUGGUCGUGUUCAAGUCAUUUAUUUUGCCAACUGGAGACAUGAGGUUUGCAGUGAAGGUUGGGACAUAAGAGAUGCUCAGGUUGUCUGCAAGACACUGCACUGUGGCAAUGCUGUUGCUGCCUUGACCGAUGGCUCUUUUGGUAAAGGGAACAGUGGCCCUUUGAUGACUAAAGUUGAUUGCUCUGGGUCGGAAUAUUAUUUAAUGUCAUGCCCAUAUGAGUAUCGUCCUGCUACAUGUGGAAAUUACAACGAUGCUGCUGUUAUAUGCUCUGAUUCUGGAUUGACACCAACUGGAAUACCAGCUUUUGGAUCAAGCCCAAUUAUUGUUUAGCAGGCCUCCUCUGAAAUAAACAAGAAAAAAUUAUUAGUCUUAUAAAAGACUCACACCUGCUUUCUAUAUCAAGAUACUUCAAGAUAUGAGAAUCAUAAUUCAAUCCAAAACACUAAUAUUUGGCAAAUAUAGUAUGUAACACUGUAUCCUACUCUAAAUGCUUACUUUGGGAAAAGAAAGUUUCCAGUGACACUGGACAAAACAAGAGUGAACAUGCAUCCCUUGAUAAAGAAUUCAUGAUUACAUACCUCUCAUUGUAAAGUUUUGCCCACAGCAAAGAAAGAGCUGAUAUAAUAAUGGCACUUUAAUUGUAUGUACUACAUGCAACAUAUACAGGAUGCUAUUUUAACCUUUUUUUCCUACUAUGCUUCAUAUAGCAUCUUUAUUGCCUUGUUGGUUCAACUCUCUCACAAUAUAAGCACAAAGUAGUAACAAAUCCUGUCAAUGUCUGGUCUCUGUGCAUUUUUAAGCCCAGGAUUUACAAACAAUAUGAGAGCCUUUGCAGUAUACCUUUAGAUUCCUGUAACAGACUCCAAAGAGACCAACUACUACAAAAUGUAGCUAUUAACUAAUGCACAAUCUUAUGAGCUUAUCAUUUGAUAUAUGAGAUAGAUUAAAAAUUAAUUUUGAAACUGGGCCUAUUUAUAAAGGUCCAUUUUCUGAGGCACACUGGAAAGAUCUUUUAUCAAUUCCAAAUUAUGAAUGCUUUUUUUUCAGAACUAAUAUUGAUUUCAUCUCUAUAUGUUUCUAAUGGCAGUUUUAAAAAUAGUCAGGUUCAUUUUUAAUCUCUGCUAUUAACUGUCUUGAGGUUAAUUGUUGAAAGACAGCAUAAAAGCAACAUAAAUACUUAAUAAGAAAAUAAGUAGAUUUUGGCAUAUUAAUGACAUUGAUUUAAAAUUGAAAUAAUAAUUGUUCUAUACACUUGUCUAAUUGUUAUUUAAUUUAUCUAAUAUAUAAUUGUUAAAUUAGAGAGGGGUUAAUACUUCAG